CUCCCGCGGUCCGUCUCCUAUUGGGACCCCUCGGCCAGCAGCAGGUUCGCCCCCCGCCUGCCCCCCACUAGCACCCUCCCGCUGCAGAAGGUCGGGCGAUUCGGGAGGAUGACCCUUUCCUACGGUUCUGCUCCGAGGAGAGAGGCCAUGGCGGCCGUGUUCCUGCCUGGCAAUCUCCAGGAUGAAGCCACUUGCUCCGUUUGCUUGGAGUUCUUCAAAGACCCCGUCUCCAUCGAAUGCGGGCACAACUUCUGCCGGGCGUGCAUCAUCAAGAGUUGGAAAGAUCUCGAGAUGGAUUUCCCCUGUCCUCAGUGCCGGGAGGUCUUCCAACAGAAGAGCUUCAGACCCAACCGUCAGUUGGCCAACAUGUCCGAGAUCAUCAGCCAGUUCACCCUCCGCGGGGCCAAGGGCGCCGAGGAGGACGGGCUCUGCGCAAAGCACAGGGAAGCCCUGAAACUCUACUGCAAAGACGACCGGAAAACCAUCUGCGUGGUCUGCGACAGGUCCCGGGAGCACCGGCCGCACGCCGUGGUGCCCGUCGAUGAGGCGUCCGAGGAGUACAAGGAGAAAAUCCAGGGACGCUUGGAUUUCCUGAAAAAGGAGAGGCAGGAGCUGCUGGAGUUCAAAGUGAACGACGACAAGAAAACCCAGGAGCGCUUGAAAACCAUCGAGAACGAGCGGCAGAAGCUGCUCUCGGAGUUCGAGAGGUUGCGGCAGUUCCUGCACGACCAGGAGCACAUCCUCCUGGGGCAGCUGGAGAAGAUGGAGAAGAACAUUGCCAAGAGGCAGAACGAGAACAUCACCGACCUCUCCAAGGAGAUCACGCUCCUCAACAAGCUCAUCGCUGAGCUGGAGGAGAAAAUCCAGCAGCCCAUGCUCGAGUUCCUCAAGGAUGUGAUGAGCAUCAUAAGCAGAAGUGAUGAUGUGAAGUGCCAGAAACCCGUGCCGGUCUGCACGGAUAUGAAAAUGCACAUCUGUAAUUUUUCCCUCAAGACUGUCGUCCUUGAAAAAGUCUUAAAGAAAUUCAGAGAAAACCUCCGGGAUGAACUGGGAAGAGGCGAAAAAG